ACUGGAAUAGUCUGGAACUAGGGAACUAUACUAGAACUUGGAACACAUUGGAAGCUGGAACACACGGAAACUUGGGAUACCGUACCCUCCUUUUAAUGUAUGCAUGUGCAAAUAGACAACUUUUAAAAUUGGGCAAUUGCUUUACUCACCAUAUAGGUUUGCCUGGUGCCCUUCUGUCACCUUGGCAAUGGCACCAGCCCCCGUUAGGUUCGACUUUUUGGCGGCUUCUCAGAGUGUCCCUAGCAACCUUUGCACUUUUGGCUUCACUUCCACUACUUGCAACUUCUGUGCCUUAUCCUUGUACAAGAUGCACUUUGUCACUGUGGCCCUUGCACUCUACGACAGCCCUUCCGUAUCUGCUCCUUGUGUCCCCCGUAGCUGCGUGUCCGUCAAGUUCCAGUUUUCCACAGGGUUCGAAAGCCCGACAUUAACAUUACUUUAGGACAUGGAUGCUCAUUGACGCCAUGGCAGAGGCUCAUUGACUUUAAUGAUUUACUUUUACAGAGUCAUCCAUUUGAAUUGAAGUGCAUCAUUGAGUUGACGCAGGAAACUGGGC